CAAAUCUCUCUCCAAAGGAAGAAGAAGAUGAAUCUACUUUGUGCUUUCUUGUCGGUGGACUGAUAGCAGCGUUGCCGUUGUAUUUACUCUUUUCUUUUCGCCCUGCCGACAUUAAAACAGUCCAUAGCUUUUCAAGCGAUUACAGAACACUUUACACUAAACUAUUAAACAAAAAAGUACGUUUUCAUACGUGAUUACGUGACCGACAGACCAGCCUGCUAGUUGCUUUGCAGGGUUAGCUUGCUAACGUUACUUAGCGGUGGGCAGUCGAGAUUUUUCUAGAACUUUCUAGUUAGGUAAUAGCAGCAUUUAGCGAGCUGUCUAGCUGUCAGAUGAGAUAGUACCAGUAGUAGUAGCUACCUGGCUUGAUAACGUGAACUAAACAACUAUUCUGCGACAAAAUGGCCAAAUGGGGAGAAGGCGACCCACGCUGGAUCGUGGAAGAGAGAGCUGAUGCUACCAACGUCAACAAUUGGCACUGGACAGAGCGUGACGUGACCGACUGGUCCACCAACAAGCUGAAGGGACUGCUGAUGGGGGUGCGUGUGGAGGGGGACCAGGGGACCUGUGAGGUCACGGCCGUCGACUCUCUGGAGGGGGAGGCCUCGAUCAACAACCGCAAGGGCAAGCUCAUUCACUUCUAUGAGUGGCACGUCAAAGCCACGUGGACUGGAACAACCAAAAGUGGAAUCAAGUACAAGGGGAGCAUUGAAGUUCCAAACCUGUCUGAUGAGAAUGACAUGGAUGACCUGGAUAUCAGUAUUGGCCUGUGUAAAGAUGAGCCCCAAACACCACUGGCUGACCUCAUGAAGAAAGAGGGAGCGAGAGCGGUCCGGCUCGCACUGGGCAGCUACAUCAGCCUUCUGAAAACGGAGUUCUCGCAAGGCAUGAUUCUUCCUACGGUAAAUGGCGUGCCCAGCGCUAAGCAAGAGCAGCCAGCACCCCCCAAAGCCAAGAUGGACAAGACCCAGGCUGGCUCCUCUACUUCAGCUUCUUCAAAAAGUGCCGCUGGGGUGAAGAUUCCUACUUGCAAGUUCAGCCUGAAAGAUACUUUCCUCACAGCACCAGAGGAACUCUUCAGAGUCUUUGUCAAUCAUGAGAUGGUCCGGGCCUUCACACAUGAUGCUGAUGCAGUCGUGGAAAACCAGAGAGGGGGAAAGUUCCGGCUCCUAGAUGGAAAUGUGUCUGGAGAGUUUCUGGAUCUGGUACCGGAUGAAAAGAUCGUCAUGAAAUGGAGAUUUAAGACAUGGCCUUGUGAGCACUAUGCCACUGUGACCUUGACCCUGAAGGACAAAGGGGACGAGACCGACCUGCACCUGGAGGCCAGGGGCGUCCCCACCAACGAGGAGGAGCGGACCAAAGAGGGCUGGCAGAGAUACUACUUUGAGGGCAUUAAGCAGACGUUUGGUUUCGGAGCACGACUCUACUGAUCCAACUAGCGCACACGCACACACUCUUUACCCAUAGACAGAAGAACACACACAUUCUGAGUUAUACUCUCCGAGCAGCAUACAGAGAACAGGGACUACGCUCACUCUUAAGGAUGAUUAUGGUGGUAGCCAUAGCCGUCUGUUGUGACGGCCAUUUUUCCAGCACCAGCUUGUCUAUGUGUAGGAUUACCCUGUAACGAGUUAACCUUUUCUUGCCUAAGAUGGAGGCGAGGUUUGCCUCUAAUACAAAAAAAAAGCUUUUAAGGGUCAGCGAUUUCACGCAUUUAAAAAAAGUACACCAUUUUUUGACGUUGAUCUGUCUACAUGUGACCUCUUGCAGUGUGUUUUACCCAUUCGGAGUAUUUUGAAUGUCAUUUUAAGUUUUUGUGUGUUUACAUCGAAGUGGAAUUCAGGGGUCUUUCAUGUGACCGUUCAGUUCUUUUUACAGAAUGAGCCUACUUUUCAGAACAAAUGCAGAUUGUUUACAAAGACAUCUGUGUUGAUUCUUGUCACAUUGAGAUGCAAUUGGUCACCAAGGUGCAGAAUAUGGAAACUAUGACCCUGUAAAAAAAAAAAAGAUUUAAUAAGCGAGUAAUGUGUUGAUGAAAUAAAUGUAAUGUAUAAAUUAUUUUGAUGAAUGUUGUAUGAUUAAAUGUUUUGACUAAUUACUAGAGGUUCCCUAACACUUGAAAUUGUUAAUAACCCUUAAAUUCAGACGGCAAACGUCCACAUCUAAGGCAAUCAUCUCCAGUACUGCUCCUCAAUAAAGUAAUCAAUCUGUU